ACAACAGAGAAAGCGACAGCCGACAAAACGUAGAAAACCAACACUUGUUGCUUUAUCGUCUGCUUAUCAUUGCCACGUGCCACCAUUCCACGCGUGACCAUUGUCGUUGGCAACGACACGUAUCGACAUUGUUUAUUUAUUGAUCGUUUCAAGUCAAAACUCACCAUUCUAUCGAAGUGUAUCGGUAUUUGGCGACUAAAACUAUUUAGAACAUACUUUUACAUUUCACCCACGAAAUGACUUACCGUAGCCAUAUUGUGGGACCAUCGCGAGCGUUCGAUCAUAUCUACGACCCAUUGUUCGUGGCAUCCGAUCGGAAGGAUGUCUGCCGGGCAAAUAAGACCGCCCUGUGUCGUUCGGCUCCGAUUGGAAUUUUCCCAGUGUACCAAACCAUGUUCAGCGAGCUGCCCCGGAUGACCCGCAAUCAUUACGUAAUGCAUCGUAAUCCAUUGCCUUAUUACCCGGAAGUGCAGGUGAACACCGAAGUCAAGGGUUGUUUUGUUCCGGAUGUUUCAAGGAUUCUCGGAACAGAGAGAUCCAAGUUCUUCUGCCAUCCAACGGCAGGGGAAACGGGCACGUUGCUAAAGCUGAGUGAAAGUCCGGAAGAGUUUUGCCAUUGUGAUCAAUCGAUUGAGCCUCGAGUGAAGGAUGCCUCCUCGCAGACCAUGUACAGGGAAUCGUCGGCGCAAACGCAACCCUGGAUGCCCACUGCUGUCCUUAAGGACUCGGACAUAGGAACGGCUGAAAUCGUUUAUGUGGCGGAAAUGUUGCAACAUACUCGAUACCCUGGAAUUAAUGAGGUGGAAAUCAUCGAGCGCGCCAGAAAGAAGCGUAACUGGGAAUACUCGAUGGGUAGUUGUGAUUCGGCGGAUGAGUGGGCUCAGCAGAAGCUUGUCCUGCAGAUAUUCGAGUGGGAGGAAUGGGUGGCUAGGGAGCGUCAAAUAGAUCGCUACCAAAUGCUGAGAUUGCAACUGGUGGCAAAGAUUAUGAACAAACGUGAGAGGGACACGAAGCAAGCAACCGAGAGCAAGAUGGAAAACACCAAGAACAGAAUAAAUGAGCAGCGAAAUAAAGCAAUGGAAAAACUUAAAAUUAAUUAUGAGCGGAAUAUGCGUAAGCUGGAGAAGAAACGCAAAGAUUCGAAAGCGAAUAAGUUCCGCUCGUCCCACGUGUCGAAACCGGAAGACAGUACAGUGGGUCUGGCUCAAAAGAAGGGUGUGUGCAAAAAAUCAUACAAUUAUGAUCCUAACCUGAUUGAAGUGGGGUUGACAAAAUUAGAGAAGAAAAUAACCGUUACGCACAAAUUGAAGGAUGUCAACAACCAACGUCCAGAAUUGUGGAAGCCCAAGGAAGUAUGCCGGGAAUUUCAGAAAGGGUUUUGGUCUGAUCAUUUCUUACGGAAACUUUAUGAUUCUCUCAAGCACUUUCGUCACAAGAAGGAUACAAAACCGGAGAUGCCGAAGUGUCUUAUUGUGGUUUCAUCUCCCACGGAAAGCCUGAUUGAGUCUCCUCCUCGAGUCAGUGAGGAACGCGAGGACGACAUUCUAUAUCAGCAAGCAAUUCUUCUGCAAAAGUUGAUCAAAGGGCGUGCCACUCAGGAAAUGAUACAUAAAGAUUACGCUGCCGACCGUGAUCUAGUUGAAGAUCUUAUUUCCACUCAUCGUCUACCGGUUGUUGAAGGAUUCUUCCCCAUUGACCCGAUUAAAACGGGAAGUGUUCGGGAAAAGUACUUGCACAUUCUGCGCAACGAACAACUGCUGGAUGAAUUUGUAGAAAACUGUACCCAUGCUCAGAUGACCUCACUGAUGACUACUCUCGAGCGUGAGCUUUCCAGGCUCCAGAACGAAAGAAAUACCCAUGCGUUCUACCUAUUAACCGAACAGGAGCGAUACUUCCGUGAAGCUCGAGAAACUCGACACAUCUCGGAGAUGAAAUAUCAGGAUAAUGAAGAGCUCUCAAUCUACUUGGAAAAUGCUCUUCUGGAGAAAGUUGAAGGAGAUAGCUUGGACGACACACGAGGCAAAAUUCAGGACCUGGUAAAGAAAUUUGAUACCGAAGCUGAUAAGCGCAUUAGUUCCAUCGAAGAUCCUUCUCAGAACCCAGGAACAAUCGCUUCCUGUUUGAUGGACGAACUAUUGAUGCCCGACAUCUACCGACGAGUCGCAAGGGAAAAUAUAAAAAUGAAGCAGAAACCGCUACUCGCAGAAGCGCACGAUGCGAUAUUCCAGAAGGUCGAGCUCAAACCAUUGGAUUCGGUACCGGAGGAUGUGAUGGAAUCGCUGAGAAAGGAAACGGCCGGAGAUCAGCUCGAUGAGGGUCAAGUAGUCGACGAUCAGGCACCUGACUUGGACACGAGGAGCGAGGGUCAAAUAAUUAUCGGAGAUAUUCUGAGUAAUAUGAUUGACAGUGCCAUGUCGGAAAACGAAGUAGAGGACAUACCGGAAGACGAUGGAACAAACUUUUUCGGAUUGGUCACGGGGGCGGGUGAAGAAGGGGAAGGCGAAGGCGAAGAGGAAGCCGAGAAAAUGACGAGCAAAAUGAUUGAAGACAUCAUUACGCAAGUUUGUGGGUUGUCCGAAGAUUGAGCGUUUGAAGCAUAAAUAGAUGGAAGUUGAAAAAGGUAGUGAGUGACGUAUUUUAUGGUUGAAUAAUCUUAAAAAAUAAUGAAUUUGUGGCAAUUUUCCAAUAUAAAAUGAAUUCGACUUUAUUUUUAUUUUUCUUGUUUCACUUGCAAGAGCCCAUCAAAUAAGCGAAGUUAUCAGAGCAUGGGUAUUCCGAAAUCAAAAUGAUAUUGUUAAUCUAAAUUAUUUUAGGAAACACUGGAUGCCCUACAUAUUGUCUCUCUAUCUAACAAUUGAAAUCAAAAUUUUGAAGAAGGUAAUCUUCAGCUUUAGUGAAUCAAUGAAGCUGAAAUGAAUCACUCUUCCCGGUACUUUUCAUGGUCUAAUUCAGAAGUUGUAAUAGAUCUUUACUGCCCAUAUUCGCAUAACAGUCCCAUGUUUAUAGGAAAUCCCAUAGAACAUGGGACUGUUUUGCAAAUAUGGGCAGUUUAGGAGCUAUAAUUAAAACGAACAAUAAAUAGGAAAUUCACUCACAUCAUUUGGGUUAUAUUGCUGUGUGCGUUUGAAA